AGUAGUUCUGUUGUUAGCAAUUAAUUAUGCGCGCAAGUACAUGACUGAUGUAAAUAAUCACAGUAGUAUGUAAUUAAUUAAUAUUUUAAACUGCACAAUUAUAUGUUAUCAUUUAAUUUAUAAUUUCAAAAUAAUUAUUAGUUUUUUUAAUAAUUUCUGUUUGCUAAGUAAUCAGUUUCUGAAUUCUCAGGUAUAGAUAAAAAAAAUAAAAAUGCCAGGCAUCAAAUAUUUAUUUAAAGAAAUGCCUUUUGAUAAAUCAUCACGCAAAUCAGAUUCUGAUGAAUCAUCAGAUGACAGCAGUGAUGAAAACGAUGAAUUUAUCUCUGACAUGACAUCUUCUGAUUCUGAUUCUGAUUCCGACUCCGAGUCCGAGUCCGAUGAUUCUGUUGUUGAAUUACAAGGUUUGAAUCGACAACUCCUAAGAUUUCUAGCCCAAGGUUGUCCAGCAGACAAUAGCGAUGAUGAUGAUGAGGAUGAUGAUGAUAAUAAUGAUGAAGAUGAUGAUGACGAUGAUGAUUGGCUAGACCAAGAUGAAGAUGAAGAUGAAUGGAUAGGCGAAGAAUGGCGAAUGUAUGAAGAUGACGAUGAUGAUGAUGAUUGGUCACCCGACGAGGAGUCAAGUGAAGACGAGGACGACGACGAAGAAGCAGAAACUUUAGAUACGCUGCUUCAUAUUGCUAUAAAAAAGAAAGAUAUCAAGAGGGUAAAAGAUAUUCUACGCAGUGGCGUGGACGUUGACGCGCCAGGUGAGAAAGGCAGGACCUCACUUCAUUUAGCCAUUGAUGAAGAAUAUCUGCCGGGAAUUGAGAUCUUGUUGGAGUACGGUGCAAAUAUUGCCGCCAGUAAUGACACCGGAAGUUCCAUUAGAUUCUGGCAAACUCCACUACACGCUGCUGUUAUUAAAAACCGCGUGGAUAUCGUUGCGUUGCUCUUAACAAAAGAAAUAAACGUUGAUUUACUAUCUGAGCACCGCGAAACUGCCUUGAAAUACGCAAUAGAGCGUAAAAAUUGGAACCUAAUUAAAUAUUUGAAUGACAUUCGUCCCAAAAAUGAUAUUUAUCUCAAUAACUUGAUGCGCGAGACUUUCAAAAAUCAUUCAUUGGACCAACUAGCAGAAAUGGGCUACAGUGAGGGAGAGAUUUUCCUGCUACUCGGCAGGUACGCGGUAAUGAAUAUGAAGAACCAGGAACAGGACACAAUCCUUUACUUGGCAAUCAAGAACGAAAAUAUAGAAAUGGUAAAAUAUCUAUUAGAUAUGGGUGCUAAUGUAAAUAUCCUGGCAACUUACGACCACCGGAACUACACAAGCGGGCUAGCUGCUUUGCACGUCGCCGUGGACUUAAAACUAGCAGACAUCGUCCAACUUCUGCUAGAUCAGGAAGACUGUGACGUUAAUGUAAAAUCCGAGUCCGGUUUGACUCCUCUCCACAUCGCAGCGUUGAAUAACAACCUGGCAAUCGCUAAAAAGUUAAUAAAUAAAGGAGCUACAAAUGAAGUCUACUCCAGGUAUGGAUCCCUUCUUAACGCGACACCUUUUCAUAUGGCGGUUCUUAAAAACUCUGUGGAAGUGAUCAAGUAUUUUUUGCAAGACUUGAAAAUACACAUUGACAUUAAGACUAUUGAUGGUGUUACUGCACUACAAGUCGCCGCAAAAGCUAACAGCUUGGAUACGGUUAAAUUAUUACUUGACCACGGCGCUGAUUUCAAUGCUCAUUCCAAUCGGGGCGACGGGUACACAGCAUUGCACUUUGCCGUGAGGAACAAAAAUAUUCCAAUGAUCGAUUUGUUGCUGAGCAAGAGUCCUUGGGUCAACAUAAAGUCGAACGAUGAAAAGACGAUUUUACAUCUGGCUGUUGGUACCAAAGACCGCGAAAUUGUCAAGCGGUUGUUAGAUGCUGGUGCGCAUGCUGACAACGUAAGCAAUUCGGGUGAAUUUCAUAAUAUAACGCCGCUUCUAGAAGCCGCGCGGCUCAACUUGAAAGAGAUCGUGUUGAUGCUGAUCGAUAAAGGCGCAGAUAUAAAUGCCACAACCAAAAAUUCAUUUUUCUUCGAACUUAAUGCAAUCGGUGUAGUUCUUCGGGAACCCAGUCCUGAAAUGCUGGAGCUGGUGCUAAAUUUGGGCGCAGAUGUCAACAAAGUUAGAUGUCCAGAAGUUUCUGGUUCGAUGCAGUGGAUACUUGUGCAACAUGUGACUAAAUUAAAGGCCGCUAAAUUGUUUGUCAAUAAAAAACUUUCCAAGUGGGCAGACUCAAAUCAAAAGGACAAAAAGUUUGAAAAUAAAUGCAAAUUACAAGUCAAGAGGAUGAAGGAAGAAAAAAUAGGAGAUAGUUCUGUUAGUUAUCAUGAUUUACUUGUCAAAAAUGUUGACCAGGUGACGAUGUACGCGGAAAAUAAAAGCAUUGAAAAGGCUAUUAAGUUUUAUAAGUUGAAAUCAAAGUUCCCGCUGUAUGCGCACAUGUUGACUAAUAGUUUUAAUAAGGGACACAAGCGCAAUCAACUGUUGAAAGAUACUGAGAAGAGGAUGCAAGAAGUUUUUCUUGGCUUGCCGAGUAAUUGCGUGAGGAAAAUACUCAUGUAUUGCAGUAAUGACGAUUUACUGAUGAGUUUAGAAAGAAAUUAUUAGGAUUGAAUUCAAAAUAAGCUUUUCUAGUUCAUUACUUAAACAGUAAUAUUUAUUUAUUUAUUUUUUUUUCAUUCAUAUAUUUAAUAAUUACUAUUUCAAAGAUGUAUAUAUUUUUUUAAUGGUAAUUAGAAAAGUAUAUUUAUUAAAUUUCAUUUAUUAUUUUUUACUUUUAUAAAAGAGAUGUCGGAAAAAUAAAGUGUUCUUUUUUAUA